GAACAUUCUAUCUCAACUAGUUUCAGUUUCGAAACCAGACAAAAAAGGUUCUGUCUGAAUUUCGUCGAGGGAAGAGAGCUAACUAUCGAGCGAGAGAGAGAGAGUUUUGAAAGGAGGAGAGAAGAGAGAUUUAAAGUGGUGAGAGAGAAGAGAGAGAGAGAGGGUUUGUGAGUGUGUUAGGGUUUCAAAUCGUCUCCAGAUCUAUACUUUAGUUUCAUCUGAUGGAAAGGAAGCUUGUGGUGUUGGGAAUCCCUUGGGAGAUUGAUUCAGAUGGGCUUAAGGAUUACAUGUCUAAAUUUGGUGACUUGGAGGAUUGUAUUGUCAUGAAGGAUCGUUCAACUGGAAGAUCUCGUGGAUUUGGAUACGUCACUUUUCAUUCUUCUGAAGAUGCUAAGGAAGCUUUGAAAGGUGAGCAUUUUUUAGGGAACAGAAUCUUGGAAGUCAAAGUAGCUACACCAAAGGAAGAGAUGAGACAGCCUGCAAAGAAGGUGACGAGGAUCUUUGUUGCUCGUAUCCCUCCUUCAGUUUCUGAAUCAGAUUUCCGAAGACAUUUUGAGAAGUAUGGGGAAAUAACUGACUUAUACAUGCCUAAGGACCACAACUCAAAGCAACACCGAGGAAUUGGAUUUAUCACAUUCGCUACUUCUGAUUCAGUGGAGGAUCUGAUGGAAGACACACAUGAUCGAGGAGGCACAACAGUUGCUGUUGAUCGAGCAACACCAAAGGAAGAUGAUCCUCCUAGGCCACCACCUUCAGCUUCUAGAAUGCAGCGUCCACCUGCAGCUGUUGCAGGUGGAUUUGGAGCUCCAGGUGGUUAUGGAGCUUAUGAUGCUUACAUCUCUGCAGCUACAAGAUACGCAGCUCUCGGUGCUCCUACUUUGUAUGACAAUGCAGCCUCCUUUUAUGGAAGAGCUGAACCAACUAGAGGAAUAGGAAAUAAAAUCUUUAUUGGACGUCUUCCUCAAGAAGCAUCCGUUGAUGAUCUCCGUGACUACUUUGGAAGAUUUGGCCGUAUCCAAGAUGCAUAUAUUCCAAAGGAUCCAAAGAGAAGUGGACAUAGAGGUUUCGGAUUCGUUACCUUUGCUGAAAACGGUGUUGCAGAUCGUGUAGCUAGAAGAUCUCAUGAAAUCUGUGGACAAGAGGUAGCAAUAGAUUCAGCAACACCUCUUGAUGAAGGUGGAGCUAGUAAUGCUGGUGGAAGUUCUUCUUCUCGUCCUGAAUAUUUUGGUGGAGGUCCAGUGCGUAGUUUUGGUCGAAUGUAUGGAGGAGGCAUGAGCUUGGAUGAUUGGGGAUAUGGAGUUCCGAGUGCAAGACCAUCAAGAUCAGACUGGAGGUACCGACCAUACUAA